AUGGCGGGACGGCAGGAUGGCAGCAGGGAGAAAUUCGAGGUCACAAACUUGGACAUGAAAUCGGGGAUGAGCCUGAAGAUUAAAGGCAAGAUCCACGAGAAUGUUGACCGCAUCACCAUUAACCUGGGCCAGGAGAAAGACAAGCUGAAUCUGCAUUUUAACCCUCGCUUCAACGAAUCCACCAUCGUCUGCAACUCUUGCGAUGGCGGCCACUGGGGACAAGAGCAACGAGACAGUCACUUGUGCUUCAGUCCAGGAGCAGUGGUCAAGUUCACUGUGGCCUUCCGGGAUAAUGAGUUCAAGGUGACGCUACCUGAUGGACACACGGUGACCUUCCCCAACAGGCUGGGCCACAACCACCUGCACUACCUAGGCAUGGAUGGGCUCCAGGUCACCUCCUUCAAGCUUGAGUGAGCACGCAGCACCUCCUCAGAACAAGACCUCAGCCCCCAAACCCAUUUCAGCCCCUCUGCGAGCCCCGUCAGAACCGCAGCCUUUAGGUCCUGAACUUCGCCCUGGUCCACUCGUAGGUUCUGCCCUCCUUCCCACUAACCCCGGCCCCAAGGUCAAGAGCAAAUA